AUGUACUCACAACUGAACCUUGAACAUGCCCGGGCACUUGCCCUAGUCCUGUUUGCCAUGGGCUCCCUUGUCGCCGCUGGGCCAUGCGAUCUCUACUCCUCCGGCGGCACGCCCUGCGUCGCCGCGCACAGCACCACUCGCGCCCUGUACAGCACCUACGCCGGGCCACUCUACCAGGUACAGCGCGGCUCUGACGGUACCACGACCACUAUCGUGCCGCUUUCCGCUGGCGGGGUUGCCAAUGCCGCCGCCCAGGACUCGUUUUGUGCCGGCACGACCUGCCUCAUCACGAUCAUUUAUGACCAGUCUGGCCGCGGCAAUCACCUCACCCAGGCUCCACCUGGCGGCUUUGACGGGCCGGAAUCCAAUGGCUACGACAACCUUGCCAGCGCCAUUGGCGCACCCGUGACGCUGAACGGGCAGAAGGCGUACGGGGUCUUUAUCUCGCCCGGCACUGGAUACCGCAACAACGCGGCCAACGGUACCGCUACAGAUGACGCGGCGGAGGGCAUGUACGCGGUCCUCGAUGGGACCCACUACAACGGUGCCUGCUGCUUCGACUACGGCAAUGCCGAGACUAACAGCCACGAUACCGGUAACGGCCACAUGGAGGCCAUCUACUUUGGCGACAAUACCGUCUGGGGCACUGGCUCCGGAAGCGGCCCUUGGGUCAUGGCGGAUCUGGAGAACGGCCUGUUCUCUGGCUCGAGUGCGGGCACUAACGCUGGGGACCCUUCAAUUUCCUACCGGUUCAUCACGGCGGUGGUCAAGGGGGGGCCGAACCAGUGGGCAAUCCGCGGUGCCGAUGCGACAUCGGGCGCGCUGUUGUCGUACUACAGUGGCGCGCGCCCAAGCGUGUCUGGCUACAACCCGAUGAGCAAGGAGGGCGCCAUCGUUCUGGGUAUCGGCGGUGACAACAGCAAUGGCGCCCAGGGCACAUUCUACGAAGGCGUGAUGACCUCGGGCUAUCCCUCCGAUGCCACCGAGGACUCAGUUCAGGCGGACGUCUUAGCCGCCAAAUACGCCAUCACGUCGUUAACUAGCGGGCCAGCACUCACCGUCGGUUCCUCGAUCUCGCUGCGGGCCACCACAUCGUGCUGCACGACGCGCUACAUCGCGCACAACGGCUCUACCAUCAACACCCAGGUGGUCUCGUCCUCCAGCACGACUGCCCUCCAACAGCAGGCUAGCUGGACGGUUCGCGCCGGCCUUGGUAACAGUGGCUGCUUCUCGUUCGAGUCCAACGACACCCCCGGCAGCUAUAUACGGCACUAUAACUUUGCGCUUCUGCUCAACGCUAACGAUGGUACCAAGCAGUUUUACGAAGACGCCACGUUCUGCCCACAGGCAGGCCUCAACGGCCAGGGGAACUCCAUCCGAUCCUGGAGCUAUCCCACCCGCUACUUCCGUCAUUACAACAAUGUACUCUACGUUGCGAGCAACAGCGGUAUUCACACGUUCGAUGCUGCCGCCUCCUUCAACGACGAUGUGAGCUGGGUGAUCAGUGCCGGCUUCGCUUGAGUUCCGGCCCAAUGUCCAGGUACUACACGGAGGGCGAACUCUGCCCCUGAACUACAGCGGUUAGAGUGUGGUCGAUGCAGGACGGCGCAGACUGUGUGCAGAGGUCUAGC